AUGGACAGGAAGGUGGCCCGAGAAUUCCGGCACAAGCUCGGUGAUGAGAUUGUACGGAUCAAUGGAUACUCUAUAUCUUCCUGCACCCAUGAGGAGAUCAUUAAUCUCAUCCGGACCAAGAAGACUGUGUCUAUCAAAGUGAGGCACAUUGGCAUGAUCCCUGUGAAAAACUCUCCUGAUGAGUCUCUCAAGUGGCAGUUUGUGGACCAGUUUGUGGCAGAGACAGGGGCUGGUAGAGGUGUUCUUCCCUUUCUUGGGAGCCGGGAAAACAGAGAAAAAAAAGUCUUUAUCAGUCUGAUCGGUUCUCGAGGCCUGGGAUGCAGCAUUUCAAGUGGUCCCACCCAAAAACCAGGCAUCUUUAUCAGCAAUGUGAAACCAGGUUCUCUGUCUGCAGAGGUUGGGCUGGAGACAGGAGAUCAGAUUGUUGAAGUAAAUGGCAUUGACUUCACCCACAUGGAUCACAAAGAGGCUGUGAAUGUGCUAAAAAGCAGUCGAAGCCUGACCAUCUCCAUUGUAGCUGGAGCUGGUCGAGAGCUCUUCAUGACAGAGAGAGAGCGGCAGGCAGAAAUACGGCAGCGGGAGCUGGAUCGGCAAGAGUUAAUGCUUCAGAAACGUCUGGCAAUGGAAUCCAAUAAAAUCCUCCAAGAGCAACAGGAGAAAGAGAGACAGAGGAAGAAAGAGAUUGCUCAGAAGGCUGCAGAAGAGAAUGAACGAUAUCGGAAAGAGAUUGAGCAGAUCACGGAAGAUGAAGAAAGGUUUAAGAAGCAAUGGGAAGAAGAAUGGGGCACCAAGGGCCAGCUGCUAAUGCCCAAGACCAUCACAGCUGAGGUGCACCCACCACCUCCACGCAAGCCAAAAUCUUUUGGGUGGUUUUAUCGGUACGAAGGCAAAUUCCCAACCAUCCGAAAGAAAGGGAAAGACAAGAAGAAAUCUAAGCACGACAGCCUACAGGAACUGAGGAAGCACAAGAAGGAAAUUGAAUUUGAGCAAAAGCUUUAUAAGGAGAAGGAAGAGAUGCUGGAAAAGGAAAAGCAACUGAAGAUCAACCGGCUAGCCCAGGAGGUGUCGGAAACCGAGCGAGAAGACCUAGAGGAGUCGGAAAAGAUUCAAUACUGGGUGGAAAGGCUUUGCCAGACCCGCUUAGAGCAGAUCUCCUCUGCAGAGAACGAGCUUUCAGAGAUGACCACCAGUCCCCCAUCUUCUGUGACUCUCCUGGCCCCACCCCUGCGACGCUUCGGUGGCCUGCACCUUCACACCACCGACCUUGAUGACAUCCCCUUGGACAUGUUCUAUUACCCUCCCAAGCGCCCAGCCCCAUUACCACCGCCUUCUGCGCUGCCUGUGAUGCCCCAUCCACCAACCCCUAACCUGCCCGCCAAGGUCUCGGCGCCCCCCGUCAUUGUACCGGCUGGCCAGGGGUCUUCAUCUUCCACUUGGGUACGGCGCCCACCACCCCCUCUUCCUCCCCCUCCAUCAGUUCCCACUCUGGACCUCAAUCUGUCCCGCUCACUCCCUUCUGCCCUGGAAGAGGCCUUGGUUAACCAUGGUCUCCAUUCUGGAGACGCAACCGAACCUGUGGAGGACUGGGAGCUCAAGAAUUAUACCGGGAGGCCCGCAAGCUCCCCCCUCCCCGAACGAAGCUUCCCUCCAACUCCAAAGCCACUUUGUCCGAGUCCGAUGCCUCCGCGAGGCCCUGGUGUGUCCACCAUCUCCAAACCCGUCAUGAUUCCUUAUGACUUCAACUUCGUUGGCAGGCCAGUGGUCAGAUCCGAGGUCUUGCCACAAGAGAUGCUGAAGAGGAUGGUCGUUUACCAGUCACCGUUCAGAAAAGAUUUCAGGAAAUACGAGGAAGACUUUAACCCCUAUUCUAUGUUCCUCCGAGAGCAAAUCAUCGGGAAAGACGUCCGGCUUCUACGAAUUAAAAAGGAAGGGUCAUUAGAUCUGGCAGUUGAAGGUGGUGUAGACUCCCCAAUUGGCAAAAUUGUGGUUUCUGCCAUUUACGAAGAUGGGGCUGCUGAUCGUCAUGGUAAGCAUCACCAGCACUGUACUGGGGAGUGAGGAGGGAAAACAUUAUCAUGGAAUGUUUGCUGAGGGCUAUUCUUGUAUGUAUCCAACAUAUAAAGUAGUCUGGGGAGAUGAUUCCUCAUGGAAAUGCCUUUCCCCAUCUCCAGAUGUCAAAAUUCUACCCAUUUUUUCCUUUUUUUUUUUUUUGGCCUAACCUUUUAAGACAUGGUCCAAAUGCUACCACCUCCAUGAAACCUUCCCUGAGCAUCUCUACCCAUAACAGGAUCCAGCCUCUCCCUCCCUUUUGCCUCUACCUUAGUUAUGAUGCUUAUUGUUUUCAUUCCUCCCCCAGGAGACUGUAAGCAGCAUAAUGAGCUCCAAGAAUUAUUCCAGUAAAAAAAAAAAAAAAAAAAAGCCACCGUUUAUAUUAUGCUUUAAAGCCUGCAUAGCCCAUCACAUAAAUGAUCUCAUCAGAGCCCCAUGUGACCCUAAGAGGUUGACCCUGCUGGGAUUAUUAUCCUUAUUUUCCAGAUGAGCAGGAAACUGGAGCUCAUUGAGAUUAAAUGACAUAUUUGGUGUCCCAUAGCUAAGACAUGUCAGAAGUGGAAUUUGAAACUAGGUCUUCCUGACUCAGA